AUGACUUACGUUGAGCGGACCAUACCCAAGAUCAGCCUGAAGAAUAAAGACCAGCGAAGAGAGGAGAUUAAGGAUCAGCUUUUUUAUGCAGCCAAAAAUAUUGGCUUUUUCACUCUCUGUGAACAGGAUUGUCCGUCGCGAGACGACAUUGAAGAGAUGUUUCAGCUCUCUCAGAAAUUCUUUGGCCUUCCCCAUGAUGCCAAAAUGAAAACGCCUCAUAUCAAGUUACUGAAUUCGGGAUUUGAGUCUUGCUCCCAGAUUAGACCUUCCACCGGCACCGCAGAUCAAAAAGAGUCUUUGCAAUUACAAUAUCACAGAAUCAAUCAGAACUGGCCAGCUGAAGAGGAUGUUGGUAGGGAAUGGAGAGAGAAAACAAAAGCUUUCAUGGAGAAAUGUCAGCAACUGAGCAAUUUCGUGAUGGAGUUGUUUGCCGAGGCUUUAGGAUAUCCGACGGACUUUUUCACAAAAGCCCAUAUCAUCAGUUCCGAUACAGCUCAGACAACUUUGAGACUUCUGCACUACUUCGAUACCAGCGGCAAGAAGUUUGAUGGCAACUUCUGGAGAGCAGGACCGCACACGGAUUUUGACUGUUUGACUCUUUUAUUCCAACGAACUGGUGACCAUGGCUUAGAAGUGUGUCCGGGUCGCGAAGCUCACACGGACUUUGGCUACUCAGAUAAAUGGACACCUGUUCCGUCCAAAACUGGCGAUAUUGUGAUCAACAUUGGAGACAUGCUGAUGUCCUGGUCAGACGAUAUUUUGAAAUCUAAUUUUCACAGAGUUCGACUUCCUACUCCAGACGAGAACCAAGGGGACCGCUACACCAUUGCAUUCUUCAACCAAGCUAAUACUGAUGUUGUCAUUCAGGGCCCUCUGAAAAAGUACCCCCCAGUGACCGGAAAGGAGUUCAUCGAAGAGGCGAUGAGGAAAAAUUUCGAGAGGCUGCAGAACGGUGCCUAA